UAUUCAAGUGUUCUAAAAUUGUACGCGAAAUGGGAAACAUCGAAGAUGAAAUUCGUUACGAGAAAAAUAUUAUAUACACUACAGAUUAUGACGAGGAAUUAGAUUCAAGAGGCCUCGGAUAUGCAUACUUUGAACAAAUGUCAAAAAACAAUGAUCUUGUAGCGCAAGUAGAUGGCUACACCGGAGAAAAGGAUACGUUUGCUUCACUUUUAAAAAGAUGUGUACGUACCGCUAUUGGGUUAAAGGAAAUGGGAUUGCAGUAUGGUGAUGUCGUUUCGUCGUGCACAUAUAAUCAUUUAAACAGUGGGGUCCCUCAUAUUUCCAGUUACUUUAUUGGUGCCAAAAUAGCUGCCUUUGAUCCAACUUUAUCAGUUAGGGAAGCAGCUUACCUUUUCCGCCAAGUGACGCCAAAGGUGAUAUUUACAGGCACCGAAUCUGUAAAGCUUAUUGAAAACGUUAUACAAGAGGUCGGUGCUAAUACUAAAAUAGUAGUAUUCGGAGCGACUGAUAAGCACGUGCCAUUUAGUGAUCUAAUCAGUCCCAAACCAAACGAAACAUCCUUUAAACCUGUUGAAGUACAGCACCUUAAGGAUAUUGCGCUAAUUUUGUUCAGUAGCGGUACCACUGGGCUACCAAAAGGAGUUUGUUUCAGUCAUCGCGCCAUGUUGCAUUCAGUGGCAGCGAUAAAAGAGCGUGAUUAUCGAGAUGUGAUCGUUUAUAGUAAUGAUUCCCCUUUUUGGAACGUUUUUAGCAUUUAUCUUCAUCAAUCGAUCUUUGGUAAGAGUGUGCGAUUGGUCUCCCCAACUUUUGACUAUAACAAUCCCUGGAGCAUUUUCACCUACAAUGUAAAUUAUGUCAUGCUUGACUUGACACGCAUGUUAACACUGUGCCAUACUCCAAAGCCGAAGGACAUCGAUCUAAGUAGCUUAGGGACUUUGGUAGUAAGCGGCACCACAAUUAGUGAAGAUCAAAUGGCGAAGGUAAGGGAGACCUUUCCAGGAGUUCAUGUAUCCCAAGCUUAUGGCCUAACUGAAGUUUACUACGGCGUUACAUGUUUUGAUCAUACCAAACCUAAGCACGCACAGUUGGCACUAAAAAAAACCGGCUCGUGUGGAUUACCAAUGCGAGGGAUUUGCUUUAAAGUGGUAGAUCCCGAUACAGAAAGAGUGCUUGGACCGAACGAAAAUGGAGAACUACGUUUAAAAACCUCUAGGCAACUUUCUGGAUAUCAUAACUUGGACUCAAGUGGCGUUUGGGAUUCCGAUGGCUGGUUACGAACUGGUGAUUACGGUUACUACGAUCAAGACUAUUGCAUUUACGUAAUUGAUCGCAUAAAAGAAAUGUUCGAGUAUCGCUAUAAGCACAUCACUCCGGCUACAAUCGAAAGUGUUAUCAAUACCCAUCCUGCGGUUUUUAGAUCCGUUGUAAUAGGUGUACCGCAUUAUAUGGAUAAUCAUCACCCCAUGGCGUUGAUCAUAGUAAAACCCGACUGUUCCAAUGUAACUACUGAAGAAAUUGAAAAGUAUGUUGAGGUAAGGGUUGAAGACCCUUUCCGUCUAAGAGCAGGCGUAAAAUUUGUCAAAAGUUUUCCUUUGACACAAUCUGGAAAGGUUAAUCGUUUAAGGUUGAAGGAAAUGGUUCGGGAUAAGCAAAUUUAAUAAGUAAAAUUAUAAUUU